AUGGGCACUUGGCGGCUUCGUGGGCACACGUGCUCGCAGAUAGAAGCCCUCGUGGCGCAGAUCGAGGGCGCCUGGAGGACCGUGUUUGGGUCAGACUUUCGCCUCUACCAGCUGGACAGGGACAUGCGUUUUGCGGACAGCAUCGACAUGAACAAGGACUACCCCUCCUCCUGGGCGGAGCUGAUGGACCCCACCAAGGACGAGCCCGGCUACCCUCGGCUCAUGCUGGAGAAUCGGGCGUACCAAACGCGCGUCUUUCGCAAGGUGCACCUUGAGGUCGGCAUCCGCCAGGACAACAUCCAGAUCCUGCACUGCACCAUGUAUCCUCGGUUGGAGUAUGAUCUGCCCAUCCUGUCCAUCGAUGUGGUGAGUGUCAAGGACCGCAUCACCCUGGCGCUGGCAGACCCCUGCCCCGUCAACGCGGACCUGCGCCUGCCGGAGUUCUAUGCCCAGCCCAUCAGGGAGAUGCAGGAGCGGUAUUCCCUGGGCAAGGCGCGGGACAUCCCGGCCUGGGCAUCCUCCAUCCUCUCUCCCCUGGCCGUCGUCACCUCCCCCGCCACGCCCGAGGAGGUGGGCAACUUCAUCAAGUACGCCAUCACCCUCGUCCGCUACCACACAGAAGUCGGGCGCAUCAUCGACCCCGUCUCUGGCGCGGGCGCCGCGGCGCGACUGCAGACCAUCCGGGCCGCGCACAAGCACUACUGCACCCAGAACCUGCGGAACCUGAAAACACGUCGCAUGCUGGAGGCGUCCUUUGGCGUGGAGUGGUCGGACAAGUACCUGCGACACAUCAUGUUCGACUUCGAGGGCUGA